AACCAAACACCCACAAAGAAAACGGGAAGUAGGACGCUCCCACAGCCCCUCCUCCUCCCCAUCGCUUACACCCCAGACACCUCCCACCCAAGGUCACGAUGAGGGCGAGCGGCGCUGUGUUUCUCCUGACAGCGGCGCUGACGGGGUUCACGCAGGCUGCUUGGCUUGAGAACUUUUCACAAAACCUGUGCCGGACUGACAUCAGAUGUUACACCAAGACCUAUCACUGCUCUCGAAUCCUCAACGUUCCCCACAUUCAACGUGUCAUGACUCAGGUCCUCGCCUACUGCUACUCCCUCCUCGGCUCCUCCACUCUGCGAUCUACUACUUUUACUGAAGAUGAUCUCAUUGAUGUCAUGAGUGGUGUGCAUGGAGAGCAACUGCCUGACUGUGUGUUGGUCCAGAUGGGACUGGUGGUAGAUGGACGGGUGAACCAGGCAGGGUUGUACCUUGCCCUUGCCAACACAGUCAUCAGUAACAACUUCAACCAGCAGAAUACAUUCCUCGAUGCCAUCAGCACCUGUCCAGCACCAUCCAAGCCUCAGCUGGCAUCGUUCGGUGCCUGUGUAAUACAAGCGUGUGUCUCAGCCUUGUAGCCCCAUCAAUCCUGCCUUCAGCACCCAUCAAGACCAAUGCCAAAUAAUGACUGCAUCGUAUGUCUCUCCUCUUAAAUAACAUUGUGACCCAUUCAUCAUAACAUUUUACCUUCCAUCUUCGUCUUUCAUUAUGCACAGUCAAACAAGAUGGAAUGCUUUCACCACAUCAUGAGGUCACAAGGUCACAUGAUCAGCUGCUACAUGUGCAGCCAAUCUAUGUGAUGAAACUAUAAUUGAAAUAAAUGGAUAUUUUGCAAAAAAAAAUCAA